UGUGCAGGCAGCGGGAGCUUGGCGGCCUGCCCGCUGCCCCAGCGCAAGGAGCGUCCCAGACCAAAGAACAUGUCGCUGCACAACACGGGCUGCAGCACUCAGCUUUUUGCUCUUCCGCCGGCAAAGGCGGACGGCGACCGCGUCUGCUGAAGGGCAGGGGCCACCCCACGGGGUGUGAAGCUGCUCACCCCACCGAAUCACCCUCCCUCCCCUGCCCAGGCAGCGGGGCCUGGGGGUGGAGAGCCCUGGGUCCACAGCAUCCCUGUGGACCGGAAGAUCGUUUUUAGGUGACUUUCAGCUGGCUGUGAUGAUGGCCCCGAGCAUUAAGGGAGAGGAGCGAGGGAGGAGAGGCCUGUUUUCACCACGGCUUGUGCAAACCUCAGCGGUAGCGCUGAGUGCUAAAACCACCCUCUGUGGCACUGUUAAGUCUGUGUCUUGAUCUGAGCUGCUCCCUGUGUUUUGGGUUUAGCAGUGCAGCUGUUGCCUUCUGCUACAUCCACGUGGGCCUGGCUGGGGUGGUGAAGGUGGGAAAACUAGCUGCCCACCCUUCAGCAGCUCUGGCCUCUUGGAGGUCUCACCUUGGGGCUUGGAGCUGUUGACUGUAGCAUCCAGUCACCCGUCCCGGGUCACUGACUGCUUCUCCUUGUUUUCAGCUCUGAGUGGUUGCAAGGGGCAGAAAACACCUUCUGGAUGGUGCUCAGGUGUGGCAGGACUGGGGUGAGAGCGGGAAGAAAGGGAGGCGGUUUGGCAGCCCCGAGUGGGUGGGUUGCUGUUGUGCUCAGAGGAGAGGCUGCAUUGUGUGCAGGAAAGCUGCUGUCCCAGCCGUCGACUGUGGAAAGCAAAGCCACCCUUGCUUAUGAUGUUGGAAAGUUCUAGCCACGCACUGCGGAAAGCAUUAUAUAUGCACUUGCAAAGCCAAUCACAGUAAUAACAUUGAUGUGGCAAUGCUGUUGAUGUGGAGUCAAUAUAAGAUGAAAAGACUGGGAGGCAACUCAUUGAGAGUAAGUCCAAUGGAUGUCUAAUCUGGCGUGGGAAAUGCUCCCACCCUUCUGCCUCUGGAAAUGGCCCUGGGCUCCCCUCAUUUGCUGGAGGAAACAUGUCUCUGUGACCAAGAAGUCAGAAUUGGCAACAGCAAACAAAGCCCUUGCCUAGCUCUUCCUGCAGAGCAAGGUACCUCCAUGCUGCCUGGAAAUGUUUUCAGUAGCUGGCAAGAGGGGUGAAAACUAGCAAGGAGCUGGGCUCUGAAGGGAGGCAAAGACGACAAGCUACUGCCCAGAUUUUGGAGACAGGGCAUGGUAUAUAAUAUAUAUCAUUAUAUACCAAUAUACAACAGAGAUAGGUAUGAGGAAACAAAAUGAUAAUGUGCUGCAGCAUUGCCCCGAUGUCACCUCUCGGUUUGUGCAGCGUUCGGCUGUGACGCAGGAGCCCAGGCAGGACCAUGGUCCCGGGGCUCUUCUGUGGCUUGUGCAGACUGGGGCCUCCUUCCUGAGGGCAUGGUGCCCUGCGGGGCACCUCAGGACACCUGGCAAGGAGCAGGUGCGCGCGGACGCACCUCGUCCUACCCCCAGGGAGGGCUGAAGGUGGUCGAGGCGGCGGUGUUGCGGCUGCAGCAGCAGUGAGUCAUCCCCAGAAGCAUGCCCAUCCCGAGCAAGCGGGUGGGUAAGCAGAGUUGAGUCACCUCCAGGCUGAUGUGAACCUUAAGCUGUGAGCUUUCUCUGACAAAUACUACUCGCUAUGCGGAUGUGCUAAUGAUACCAGGAGUGUGACUUAUUGCUAACUUUAGAGAGGGACCAAAUGUGGUGGGGAACCGGAUCAAUGUGGGUGUCUCUGCUCUCGGGACGCUCCUUGAGGGUGAGACGGAGUGAGCCAGUUCACGCUCACCCGAGACGUGUCCCACCGUGCAGAGCUGUCGCACUGUGACCACUGUCAUGCUGGUGACCAAGGGCAAUACCGUGCUGACGCAUGUCAGCAGCAGAGAGGGGAGACUUGUCUGGAGAAACUAAUCUGAUGGACUCUAAUGCUGCUGUUUUGAAAUUGUUUGACAGUGACUGAGCGUGGCACAAGGCAGCACCGCUGCAGAGGCAGGGGUCUGAUCGGCAGCCAGCCUGGCGGCCUGCUGAUGUGUCAGACCAGGCCCCAGCUCCCCAGCGAGGCAUCCCUUCCGCCCUCCACCUGGGACACCUCUUGGGUGAGAGGCACCCGGCAGCAGGCACCACAUCCCGCAGCAAAUGGCCCCAGAGUUAGGCCAGCUCAGGUGUGCCAGAUGCCAGGGCACAGCUGGGAGGCCUCUCUGCGUGCGGCGUGAGAGAUGGCAAGCUGCCCACCGGGUCCCGUGGUGCUGAGAAGGGCCGGGGGAUUCCUGCUAUCGUGGGUGUGCAGACGGCUGAUCCGAGCUCGGAGUGCGCUGCUGAGCAACAACGUGAGGGAUCGCAGGGUGCUGCACGUUGCAAAGGGAGCACCGCUUGGCUGGAUUUGGUACCAGCCUCCAUUGCAGCUAGUGCUCCCUCCCUGUCACCGCAGCCCUGAGGACACCUGCCUUCGCGCUGCUUCCCCUGGUCCCAGUGGGAGCACAGGGUCUCUGCCUGCUCCAGAGCAGAGGCCCCCAUGCCAAGGCUGUCUGCAAACCGGGCACAAAACCUCCACGUGCAAGUCAUACCUGGGGCACGGUGGCACAUGCAUCCCUCGCUAUGGAAAGGGCAUAGCACCUCCUCUUGCAGCCAUGGCUUUGGGAAAAUAAGUUUUCUCUAAUCUCAGGUUCCAGUCAUCUGUUGUGCUUGCAGGUGGCAAAACAGCUAGGACGACCCACGCAUCUCACCAUGGGCUCCAGCAUGCCAGUGUAGAGCUGGGGGCAAAUGGACGUGGCCUGGUGGGAACAUGAGUGCUGUGCUGAGCUUGCUUCUGUCUGUCGCCAGCUGCACCCUACUCUGGGGGUCUACAGUGGAGGAGAAAGUAUGGGGACAGCUCUCAGACCUACAGAAGGUACUUGCAGAGAGGAGGGGACCAGACUUGGAAAAUGCAACUGGAUUUUCCUGUGCCUCAGGACCUCCAGGGACAGGCAUGCCAUUUCCUCCACAGAAUGUGACGCUAGUGGCAAAGAACUUCCACACUUUCCUGACGUGGGAGCCGGACCCUCGCUCGCCCAGCAGUGCCGGGUACCAGGUGGAGUGGAGGAGAAGACGAACUUCUCACUGGACCAAGGCAGAUACCUGUUGGGGGAACAGCACCAGCUCAUCCUGGACUUGCGAGCUAUAUUUUGAAGAUAUCUAUGGUAUCUACUGGGCAAGAGUGAGAGCGGUGGACGGAGAUGAGCUGUCCGAGUGGGUCUGUUCUAGUGAACUACAGCCAUACAGAGACACAGUUGUGGGUCCUCCCAAGCUGUCCUGGCUGCUCCAGGGUCACAUCCUUAGCAUAAACAUCAUCAUGCCACUCACUCCAUACCAAAAUGUAAAUGGCUCUUACGAGCCCAUCGAUGAAGUGCUGGGGAAACUGUGGUACUGGCUGAACCUUUACGAAGAGGAUGUACUUGUCCAGCAAGUGGCCUGUGGACAGAGGGGCAAGGAAGCUCCCUGCAUGUUCAGGUACUUGAAACCAAGCACCCAAUACUGUGUCCGGACUGUGACAGUGGGCAUGCCCAGGGAGCAGAGCAGGGAGGCUGCACAGUGCAUCACAACACCAGCCACCCCUGGAGGCUUUCUCUGGGUCCUCCUCGCCGUACUGAGUGCCGUCUUGCUGGUGCUGUUCAUGGCUGGGCUCUGCUUCUUUCAGCUGUAUGCGUUCCUGAGACCCUCAGAGAUGCGCAUCCCAAACUCGCUUGCUAUUUUGAAUGAGGAGCUGACUGUGAACAUCAGGGUGCCCACCCUUGAACUCGAGGGAGACUCCUUCACUGUGCUCUCGCUGGCUGUGCUUCCCUCUCAUGGACCAUCUGCAGCUGAGCAGAAAAAGCCCCAAGUCCAGCUGCUCCUUGGAGAAAGCUUUUCUCAGGAGAUAGGCGGCUACUGUGCCAAUGGAUUUAGGCCGGACUGGCCUGAAAGCGAGGACCUGUCCUUUGCCCCCAUCCAGCUGGAGCAUGUCUUUGACUCUGAGGCCUCCUCACCCCUGGAGGGGCUGGAGGAGGAUAGGGAAGGGGAUGAUGUGUCGGCUUUACCGACCCAGCUGCCCAGUGGCUCAUGGGCAUGUUUGGAGCAGCCAGUGCUGGCACAACUCAAUGAUGACAGUUACAGGGGUGACAAAGACUACCAGACACCUGAGAUGUGGCUUUCCUUGCUUUAUUCUAAAUGCCAAUGCCCACUCUUGGGAGUGGGCAGCAGCCUCUCUCUGACUCCACAGGGCACAAGUUUCAGCCAAGAGGACCUAAAGGAGAGCCUUGGCAUGGCAGAGUCCCACUGCCAGCCCUGGAUACCACUCAGCUCUGUGAAGUUGCCAGCCGAUGAAGAGGCCAGAGGCCAGCUCUUCCCUGCGCUCUGUCACCUGCAUGGCCAUGGGGCCGAGCCAGAGUUGGGUGACAGCGACACACAGCAGAGCGACUCGAACCAGGCGACACGGGGCUGGCAAGGUGUCCCUCUGCCUGGUUCCUGCAAAGUGCCCUAUUUGCCCCUCAACAUCCUGCAGGCAGCCACCUCCUCCGGCUAUGAGAGGCAUCCCCUGGUCACCAAUGAGCCCUAGCAUCAGGUAGGACAGUAACAGGAGAGCAGAUGCACACCCGCCGUCGGGAACCAGAUAGCAGCAUUAAUGGGUAGCUCUGGUGGAGCAAGGAACAUUACCCAAAGCUGACCCAACCAUGAUGGACUGCCUGCUCAGACAUGUGUGCGCCUCUUUGGGGCUGGGACUGGGUCAAGAUUCCCAGGCAGACAGGUACAAGCAUGCUCUGGGACCGGCUGCCACAGAAAGACAGUGAGGUCAGCAUCUUUUGAAUAUCCCUGUCAUUUUUUGAUCCUUCGUAUCUGUACACAUACAUACAUACAAAUAUAUAUUAUAUAUACAUAAAUAUAUAUAUGUAUGUAUGUAUUUGUGUGUAUAUGUUAUGUAUAUAUACUUAAGCAAAUAUAUAUUUUUAUAUAUAAAAUUUUUCCAUUAUAUUAAAGGGUUUUUGGUUUUUUUUUUUGCUUGUCUGGCAUGGCUCUGGAAAUACAGAUUGUGCACUGGAACUGUUUUCAAAUGACUAAUUUAUUGUGGGAAAGUC